AUGACGGCUCGAUGUUUCGACCAUCGCACCACCAAUUUCGUGGCGACGCGGUGGAUUCUUGCUGACCCCACCUUCUCCCUCCAUCUCUUGCUUCCCUCCUCCCACAGCCAGGGUCUUGUUGGUGCUGCUGUUAUGUCUACCGUAGAUGAUUCUGCAGUUAAAGAUACGCCCACACCUGAGGAGUCUCCCCGUGAGGCCGCCUUCACCCUACCCCCGGCUGUUGCUUCUUGCAGCCACGAUCCCCAACCGGCCGCGCCAAGUCCCACACCAAGCACCGUGCGGGUGUCUGUUGGUCCUCCAUCGGCUACCUCCACUCCGAAAAGAGUGCGUUCAGGGAAGUGGGCGCAGCAUACCCUGCUCAUCGGAGGCCGCCGUCUUUCUGCUUCGAACACUCCGGCUGAUCCACCACCUGAUGAAGCCGCACCGCCAGAGGAAGAUGUGUUCCCGAUCCGCGCGGACACCGGCUCGCCCGCCCUCACCAAGGCGCAGCUGCGGGAGCAGAUGUACCUGGAGGCCAGCAUCAUGUACGACACGAGGUGGUCGGGACAGUUCUCUUGGCUUGUGUUUGGGAAAACCAAGGAGGGGUUUCCCUAUGUGAAGGAGGCGCUGGCUGUUAAGGACGCGGCGACGUCCAACCCCGACCUGGGCAUGGUGGACAAGGUGGUGCGCACCGUGGCGGCAAAACUUGGAGAUUCGUCAGUCUGGAGCCAACGCUUCAAGUACCUGCAGUGUGUGAUCUACAGCACUAACCUCGAAGUCCAGGGGAUCCACACGGUUCGCUGGCUGUCACGCGGAGAUGUCGUGCGUCGGCUGUGCAAGGUGCUCGGUGCGUGUAUCGUUCUUCUCUGGGAGAGGAGUCACAAGGUGUACGAGAUCGUCACGUGCUACAAGUUUCAGUUCUGCCUGUUCUUCCUCGCCGACAUCCUCGCCGACAUGAACGACCUCAACCGCUGUUUCCAGAAGCGUGAUAUUGAUGUGACGGAGAUUUCCAAUACCAUCGAGGCCACCGCGGCGGAUCUGACGGAGCGGUAUUUGGAUACCGACAAGCAGUUUGGGGGCGAGGGCAAGUGCGGGCUGGUCGGCUUUCUGAAGCUGCACGGGCAUGGUGGAGGCAAGAAGGUUCGUGUGAGAGGCGUGGACGGGGAGGGACGCCCAAUCAACCAUCUGUACACCAUGCACGAGCGUAAGCUCCCGGGGCACAAACUUGAUGUGGCUGAGCGUGAAAGGAGGGGGAAAGCAAAGGAGGGUGAAGUCGAAGCAGGAGCUGCCCGCCAAAACGACGGGGAGGAGGAGGAGGAGGAGGAGGAGGAGGAGGAGGAGGAGGAGGAGGAGGAGGAGGAGGAGGAGGAGGAGGAGGAGGAGGAGGAGGAGGAGGAGGAGUGCGACGUGAAACAGGCCCUGGGCGACGAUCAGGAGCUUGUGGGGGAGGAGGAGGAGGAGGAGGACAACCCCUUCCUUUCGGACGAUGAGGAUGUGGAGGAAGUGUUCUACAUCGAUAGGCCUGUGCACUAG